UUUGCCAUUGACUGUUGGUCAGCUGUGCAAUAAUUAAAGCAACCGCAUUUUUGUUGUGUGAGAGAAAUUUAAUUUUCUCCGAUUAAAAAUUAAAAAAAUAAAUAUUAUUUUAAUUUAAAGCAGCGGAUAGUGAAGUGCAUUAUAGCCAGUGAAAUAAUACUAAGUUUAUAGCCCGUAGAGGGCAAAUAGCGCAAGAGUAGAGCACCAUUAAAAAUUGAAAGUCAUCCCCAAGAAGAAAGACUCAAAAUUAAAACGCUUUCCGCAAAGAGAAAAAAGUAAAGGCAUACAAAACUUUAGUCAGGCAGCAGUUCCAUGUAUGUGAACAAGUGAAAUAACGAAAAAUAAUAUACGCAGAAUUUCUUGAACGCUGCAGCAAACGAGAACACCAUCAAAAUGCUCUACUGUCCGCCGAAUGUUACGUUUUCCCAAGUUUGGAUUAACAAUGGUAUUUCGCAUUGUUUCAUGGAUACGGUCGGCAAUGCAGUAGCAAGUGGUUUCAUCCUACUCUUGGGCACAGUACAGCUAUUAAUGUAUCGCAAAUAUGCCACACGCAAUGAUCCCACACAUAUCACCAAAUCGCGUCUUUACGCCUUACAACUCUUCCUACUGUUCUUCUUUCCCAUGUUGGCAUUGCUUCGAUUUUUCUUGAAUGCGCGCAUCUAUAAUGAUCAUGCGGUUUAUGGUUAUAUGAUACUGUCAACGGUGUUAAUUUGUAUAUCCUAUCCCUUUUCUAUUUGCAUUAUUUUAAAAGAGCGCUUCUAUCAAUUGCCAUCGCUACCAACUCGUGGCCAUGGUCUCAUUUUAUUGCUGUUCUGGACUUUGGGAUUUAUCAAUGAAUCAUUGGCGUUUAUAAAUUUGAGACAUGAAGACUGGUGGUUCUCACUAAAAACCAAUAAAGAUCAAAUUGAAAUGGGCCUCUUCGUUACACGCUUCAUUACCUCGCUGCUGAUCUUCAUACUGGGCCUUAAGGCACCUGGCAUUAUGCGCCCUUAUGUGCAACUCGAUGAACCAGCCAAUAAUGAGAACACCAACAAUGUCCCACAAGGCUCCACUUUUCGCAAUGCUUUCAGAAAAUUGGGCAAAUUAUUUCCGUAUUUGUGGCCAAAGAAGGAUGGCUUACUACAGUUAACCGUUAUUGUCUGCAUACUGUUGGUAAUAUCUGGGCGUGUUAUCAAGCUGUUUUUGCCAAUUUACCGCAAAAAGUUAGUCGACAGUCUCACCAUACCGCCCAUACUCUUUCGUUGGGACUUCGUGCUCAUCUAUGUGGCCUUGUCUUUUGUCCAAGGUGGCGGCACAGGCACUAUGGGGCUCUUCAAUAACUUGCGCUCCUUCUUGUGGAUACGCGUGCAACAGUAUACAACUCGGGAAAUUGAAGUAGAUUUAUUUAAUCAUUUGCAUCAGCUCUCGUUGCGCUGGCAUCUACAACGCAAAACAGGCGAAGUGUUGCGUGUUAUGGAUCGUGGCACGGACUCCAUUAAUAAUUUGCUAAACUACAUCAUAUUCUCCAUUGCACCUACAAUUAUCGAUUUGCUGGUGGCUGUGAUUUACUUCAUUUAUGCCUUCAAUUGGUGGUUCGGGCUGAUUGUGUUCCUCACCAUGUUCCUGUAUAUUUUGGCCACCAUUCUGGUUACCGAGUGGCGUACACAAUACCAACGUCGCAUGAAUUUAGCCGAUAAUGAGCAGCGUGCACGCAGCGUUGACUCUCUGUUAAAUUUUGAAACUGUAAAAUACUAUGGUGCUGAGCAGUAUGAAGUAGAAAAAUAUCGUCAGGCCAUUUUAAAAUAUCAGAAAGAAGAAUUUCUCUCAAUGUUCACACUCAACUUAUUGAAUACGUCGCAAAACAUCAUACUCUGCCUUGGGUUACUUUGUGGAUCAAUGCUUUGUGUCUAUCUUGUCGUACAUCAUCAAACACUCACUGUUGGUGAUUUUGUGCUAUUCUUUACCUAUCUAAUGGAUCUGUAUAUGCCGCUCAAUUGGUUUGGUACCUACUACCGAGCCAUACAAAAGAACUUCGUCGAUAUGGAAAAUAUGUUCGAUCUGCUAAAAGAGGAUCAAGAAGUGUUUGAUGCGCCUGGAGCUGCGCCGCUAAUAACCGCUGGUGCAGGCAUUGAGUUCGCUAAUGUUACAUUUGGCUAUACUCCAGAAAAGAUUGUAUUGCACAAUGUGAGCUUUAUUGUGCCCCCUGGUAAAACCGUUGCUAUUGUUGGGCCAUCUGGUGCAGGCAAGAGUACUAUCGUGCGCUUACUUUUCCGUUUCUACGACGUGCAAUCAGGUGCCGUGUUAAUCGAUGGCCAGAAUAUAAAGUUAGUACAGCAGCAAAGUUUGAGAAAGGCAAUAGGCGUAGUACCGCAGGACACAGUUCUCUUCAACAACACCAUUUACUACAACAUCGAGUAUGGCAAAAUUGGUGCACGUGCCGAUGAAGUAUACGAGGCCGCACGCUUAGCCGAUAUUCACGAUCGCAUUCUAAGCUUCCCCGAGCGCUAUGAAACAAAGGUGGGCGAACGCGGUUUACGCCUGAGUGGUGGUGAAAAACAACGUGUCGCUAUAGCGCGCACAUUGCUCAAAGCGCCGGUGCUGGUGUUGCUCGAUGAAGCCACAUCAGCGCUUGACACAAAUACUGAACGCAAUAUUCAAUCGGCUCUAUCGCGUGUUUGCGCCAAUCGCACGACAAUUAUGAUUGCGCAUCGUCUCUCCACAAUUAUAAAUGCCGAUGAAAUACUCGUGCUGAAGGAUGGCAGCAUUGCAGAGCGUGGACGACAUGAAGAACUUUUGCAACGCAAGGAUGGCGUCUAUGCUGAGAUGUGGAUGCAACAGCUCAAGAACUUGGAGAGUGACAAGGAAAACGAGAGUGCGCCCGUUAAACCCGCGCCGGAUGGUAGUGGAAGUAGCGGCGCUUUAUUACGCGCCGGACAUGCGCAUGGAGGUGCUCGUUGAAGUCGUUAUGCAAGAAAAAAAAUUAGCAAGUGCUUAUGCUCAUACAAUUAUGGACUUUAUAUGUAUAAGAAUUUAAUUCUCGGCUGACAUGCGAAAGACGCAAAAUUAUAAUUUAGAAAUUUACUUGUACUUGUAUGCUUACCAAGCGUAACCGUAAAUGCUAUGUUUGUAAAACUGUUGGAUGAAUGGUGUAAUGGUAUGUUAUUGAACUGUAUGUGCAGAUUGUGGUUUGUACUAUGGAACAUUUUAGAGAUAUGUAUUAGAAUUCUACUUUAUAAAAAUAAAACACUUAUAAAA